CCGCGCCGCUCCCGGGGGUGGGAGCCCCGGCGGCUCCUCGUCCUCCGGCGCCGCGGCACCUGCGGAGGGCCCCACGGCGGGCCGGGCUCCCGUGAUGGGGCUGCUCUUCGCCAAGCUGUGGAGCCUCUUCUGUAACCAAGAACACAAAGUAAUAAUAGUGGGAUUGGAUAAUGCAGGGAAAACCACCAUUCUCUAUCAGUUCUUAAUGAAUGAAGUGGUCCAUACCUCUCCAACCAUAGGAAGCAACGUUGAAGAAAUAGUUGUGAAGAACACUCAUUUUCUUAUGUGGGAUAUUGGUGGUCAGGAAUCACUGCGGUCAUCAUGGAAUACUUACUACUCUAACACAGAGUUCAUCAUCCUUGUUGUUGAUAGCAUCGACAGAGAACGACUGGCUAUUACUAGAGAAGAGCUGUAUAGAAUGCUGGCUCAUGAGGAUUUACGGAAGGCUGCUGUUCUCAUCUUUGCAAAUAAGCAAGAUAUGAAGGGGUGUAUGACGGCAGCUGAAAUCUCUAAAUACCUCACCCUUAGUUCUAUUAAGGAUCAUCCGUGGCAUAUUCAGUCUUGCUGUGCUUUAACAGGAGAAGGGUUAUGCCAAGGUCUAGAAUGGAUGACUUCCCGAAUUGGUGUGAGCUAACUUUUUGUUCAAGAAGGACUGCUUCUAUUUAUUCUGUGGACAUGAACAUAUUUCCUGGUACUUUUGGCUGCUUAGGCAGCGGCAUGUUUAAUUUAUAACAACACAAACCUCUAUGAGCAACACUUGAAUCAAGUGCAGCCGAACUGGAACAUAAAAUUUUUCUUAACAUUUUAAAAAUGCACUAAUCCUCAGUUGGAUGAACGUAAUGUGUCUGUGUUUCAGCAACAAAGUUCUCCUGACUACUUAUCCUAAUGCAUUCAAGGAUGGCCUUGCCAGAAAUGUUUGUCAUAAUGUUUUAUACUUUCUGUAAUAUUGAAAACAUACUAUUUAUCUGAUCCUAACAUGCCCAGUUGUUUUCGUUUAUUAAUUUUUAGGCAAAUGUUGAUCUGGAAGAGCACUAGAAAUCACAGACUAAUGUUUGCAGAUUUUUGGGGGUCUAAAGAUUAUCUUCUUUCUAUAUUAUCCAUCCUUUGUGUGCAGAAUUUUAACCCAAUGAAAAAUAUGUUUGAGUGAUAUCUGGAAUCCUAAGAAUUGUGACAAUUUACCCACCAGUGGGUAAAUGUCCUCACCUCAAUGCAUGUCAUAGAAGAAUUUGUUAAAUUCUUAGUAUGUCUUUUUAAGGUUUCAUGUUCCUUGUUCUUGGCCUAUAGAAUUAUGAUUAAUUUUCUAUCUGUAUGACUUGGGGAAAGGGUAUAUAUGUGAUCUUACAUUUGGCCAAAAAACUGAAUCAGGAUGAAAGAUUAUUUGAGAGUGAAGGUUUGAUAUAAAGUUUGGCAGCUCUUUCUGACAUUUUAUGUAUAAAUGCCACGUUAAUUAGUACACAUUUAUAUAGGAAGUCAUGAAAGCAUACCAGCACUAAAUUAAAACAGAUCACUUUAAAACAUGUUUUACUAUCAGAGACAGCCAUAUAAACAGCAACAUUUUCAAGUGUUCAUUGUAUAAAGAGCAACAACACAGCUCUAAGUCAUAUAAUCUGGGCAAUAUUAAAGCCUAAAUGAAUAAAUGGGCCAUUUCAUAAUUGAUCAUAUAUAAAGUAUGUAUGUCUACAAUAAUAUGUCUACCACCAGCAGUACAUUAUAGGGAAAGUAUGUGGCUUUUAAAAAACCUGUUUUGAGGUUUUUUAUUACAAUAGGGUUGAAACAAUUGCCAUGUAGGUAGUUGGCCUUCAUAUUCUAAAGCCUUACUUUCUAGUAUCCAAAUUCCAGGCAGCUGCUGAAAUUAAUGCAAGUGUUCAUCAGAUUGCUUUUAGGUUCACAGUUAAUAUGAUAACAUUUAUUAAUCAUGUAAUGUUUAAAAAGAGGAAAAAAGUAACACUCCAUUGGUUGUCUUGCUUUAUAAAAGAGUGUUAAAAAUGAAACGUUUUCAAGAAGUAGGUACCUAUUUUGAAAAUGACACUAAAAACUAAGUUGAGGAGGAGGAAUAUAGAAUUUCAGUGUUACUUUUUUCAAGUUAUUUUUGCUCAGCUAAAAAGGCCAAAAUACAUACUUUUAUUAUUAAAGAACACCACUUUAAUUCAUCAGUAUUUAAUUUAUUUGGGUAAAAAAAGAUUCAGUAUUCGUAAGAAUAUUAGAAUGGAUAUUCAGAACUGAUUUCUUAAAUUUAAAAUCCUCAUUAGAACAUUUAAGCCAGUUAUCCUUUAUUAUUGUUUUUAGUUGUCAUGGCUUUCUUGUACUUAGUUAAACUGUAUUUAGUAAUGAUUUAUUGAUUUCCAUUUGGUGACAGCAUACACCAGAACUGACAAUGUUCAGUGUGAAAGUUUUCACCCUUUAGGAAUCAAUUUUUAUUUUCAUCUAAUAUCUAGUUUUCUAAUUUGUGUGUUUUGAACCUUUUUCUUAGAGUUUUAUGCUUAGUAGUGGGAAAAAUGAUUUUUAGCAUAAUCAAAACCAUAAGAGGGAAGGAAAAGCAAACAAAUUGAUAUGCAUGCUUAUGGGGUAAAAUUGUAAAUACCAUUUCAGCAAAAGCACACCAUGCCUGUGGUUAUUUUCUACUUUGGUUACACUAUUUAUCUUUAAGUAAACAGUGGGAAAGAAAAAGAAGUUUUUAAAAAAAAACUUUACAACAUAUUCAGUACACCUAUAUCUAUUCCUAAAUGAAAAGUUGGUAUACUUAUUGCCUAAGAGAUCUUUGGCUGGCUUAAUUUUCUGUCAGACUGUAAGAUUGUAAAAAUUUAUCAGCAUUACAUUAAAAUGUUUAAAAUAGUUUUUAUAUUUUGGUGAACAUCUGCCCAUACAAAUUUAGAAAUACAAUAUGACUUUUAUUUCCUAGAUUCUAUUUUAAAAUGUUAUGUUUGGGACUGAGAAUUGUUUGAUGUUGAUGGGGUAUUGAAAAUGACAAUUCUGUUGAGAUUCUGUGUCAACCUUUGGCAAAAGUUCGACUGUGAAAUUCAUUCAAACUUUACAAAGUAUUUUUAAAAAUUAGAUACUUUAUUUCACAGUAAUAUAUAGUUUAGUUAUCCUUUACUCCAAGAGAAUGUUUUGGCACAAAAGUGUAGUAAGCAUACCAUUCAUUGUAAUUCAUCAUUAGUCUUUAGCAUUUUAUUAUGAACCAGUGUAAUAGGAAAGAUGUGUCUUCAUAAUUGCUUAGUGCCUUGGCUCAUAUUUUAGUCAAAUUAUAUUUUCAAAGAAAAACAGAUUUAAAGAUUGAUAAGCAACAUUAUCUUUUUAGAGGUUGUACAGAAAAAGAAGAGUUUUGCAGUUAGCUUAACUCCCAUUAAUCUAAUAAAUGAACUGAUUUGAGUUUUACAUCCCUUUAGUACUCUUCCUGUAUUACUCUAAUGACACUUCUUACAAGCAGUGGAAAAGGGAAUUGAGAGUCUCAUAAAAUCAGCAUGUUUAGAUUACUUAUGUUUUGUUUUCAGGUAGAGGAUGAAGAGAUAAAAUUUUGACCACAGAUUCAUAUAUGCUGUUAUAAAUUAUCAUUAAACUUCCUUCCCUAUACAUUUGAAGAUUGGGUAUGGAUUUUUUUUUGUAAGUCAUAUUUUCUAUCUUAAAACCCGCAGUUCCUAACAAAGGAAGGUCAUAUGUAGGAGUCUUUCAGCAAUUAACUACCAUUCUGAAAAGUAUGUUUGAUCCCUUUAUAGUCAUAGGGCAUAGUUUGCAUUCCAAAAUGUAACAACUCCUUUUAUAUCCAAAAUUAAAACACUUUAAUAAUAUCUACAUUCUAAUUUUGACCUCUUGAAUUGUGACUAGCGUAGUAAUGCUUUUCUUUUCAUGUUCAUUUGUGAGAAGGUAAGAUUAGUGAGAAUGAUCUUCCUAUGCAUUGAAUGUUCUUGUGAGAAUCAAAGUCUACUGGUCCCCUGUGAUUCACCACAUUACUGAAAGUGUCUUGAAAACAAUGACCUUGGCUCAUAGCCUUUUUAGUUGAACAUAAUACAUUUUUCUGAAUCUGUAAUUCAAAGAGAAAUUGGUUUGUUUCCUAUGGAAACAGAGCCUUGUAUGAAAUAGCUUUAGGCUCUUAGACUAUUGAUGAGAACAAUAAAACCUUUUUGGAUCAUACACAGAAAUUUCAGUGAGUUCUAUUUUGAAUUGAGGAUCUUAAAAUGAAGUACACAAAAGUCACUAAUGGUGAUUUCUAGGCAGUUUUUGAAUGUUUUUAGAAGUACAUUUAAUGUGUCCUCAUCUAACUCUUGACUGUAUGUGAAGUGUGUUUGUAAUAGGAAAAACUGGGCUCAUGCCUGUGAGUAGUUACAUUCAUUGGCAUUUACCUUGUUGAAGUGUGACUAUAUGAGACUGAGUUGCACAGUACAUCUAGAAAUGUUCAAAUUUUAGUCUUAAUUUUUAUACACUUUGAAAGUGCUCUUCAGAAUGAUCUCAGACGCAAGAAUAUUUACAAGUUGACUUUAAGAUGCAGAUGUGUUUUAAAACCAGAUCCCGAUGUGUUGGAGGAAAAAUAUUACACAAAAUGCAACUGGCCUCUCUGCUGAUUUAUUCUAAGCCCUUUGUCCUUUCAUCUCAUCUGGGAUUUGCCUCUAGUAGAUGAAGCAAACAUGAAAUAAUCAGUUGAUAUCCACUGUGUAAUGUACGUGUGUGUGAUUUUCAUCUUAGCUGAACAAAAUCAUCAUAUUGUUUAAAAAUGAUUUUUAAAAACUGUUUGUAAAUCAGCAAUGUUGUUUGCUAGCACUAUGCAGAAAUUUAACUUUUCUUGAGUGUUUCCUUGUUGGAAUGCAAGUGGUACAAAUGGGCUUUGAAAAAUAUGGAUGCUAGCCUAAAAUGCCAUCCUGUUUGGCUUUUGCCAGCUUGUAAGAAAUUCAGCAUGGGUGUGAAACCAGUGUUUUAAAUUUGAGAUUAUGAGUGUUACAUUGAUAGCAUGUCCUAUUUAGAAGUUUUCCUAAUAGCGUCCCUUUUGUCCACAUCUACUUAUCAUUAUGAAGACUUGGCCCAUUUUAUUUUGCAUGCUAGUUUUAAGCACCUACUGUUUCCAAAGGUAGUAUUCUCUUAGAGCACUCAGGACUAUGAAUUUAUUAUGUAGGGCCAGACUGAAGAGCAUAUAGCAACUGCUAAAGUAUUCCAAGUAAAAAUAAUGUUAAAUAGAAAUAGAAACAACUGCCUAAGCAUAUGGCAAGAUAGAAAAUGCUAAGUAGAUAUUUGGAGAUUUAAAGUAUCUGGGAGCUCAGAUUAAAUCAUGUUAAAUAGGGCACUUUUAAACAGAAUACGAAGGUAAAGUAGAUACUUUCAUAGAAGGAUCAAAGGGUGCGUUAGAAAAUUUUGUUCAUGGAAAUAAUGAAUUCCUCCCUAUCUCUUAGUUCAGGACAAAGUAACCCUAAAUAAAAUGUCUCUUUCUGCACAUCUCUGCAUGGCAAAAUGACAGUAAAAAGCAAGUGUUUAAGGAUGUUCUCUGCUCAUCUCUUGAAGUAGAACAUGUGUUCUGGGGGCAAAUAGAAGUCACAAGAAUUUUUAAUGUAUGAUCUUGUAGGAUUUUGAAUCAUAAAUUUACCUCAUUAAUCACCAAGUGGUGCUUUGAUCAAGUUGUGGCAUAUCAUGAUGUGAAUUUUGUGGUGUUUGUUUUUAAAACUGUAUUUGAAACAGUACAACUUUUAAAUUAGAGAGCAUGCCUUUUUUUAAAUUGUGUGUGCAAAUAGCAAAAUUUACAUAUAGGUCAAUUUUAGAUAAGUUAAGACAGGAAGUACUCAGUGAUAAUUAGUGAAUUGAACAAAUUUCAAAGAUAGAACAAAUUAUAAAACUUGGCUCAUUUCAUUAUAAUGUAUUUCCCCCGUGUUUGUGAGGAGGUGUCAAAUGAGUAUCAGUUUAUCUCCAUUCCCACAAAGCUCAUUUGUUUAUUUGAGUUCUUUAAAAAAAAAUUUAUCUAUAGCUACUCUUAAAUGUAGGGAAUAUGAAUUUCCCUGAUAUGUUCUCUUGGAGUAAACUGUUCAGUACAGGUGUAGUGACCGAGUUGUUUUAUUUGAUAAAAAUAUUUAACUGCUGCUAUUUCAUUCAAAGGAUAAACAAUUAUGGUUAUGAUUUUUAAGCUUAUGUAGUAGCUAAGAUAGAAUUUUCCAUUUGCAACCAUUUCAUGGAGCAUUUUUUUUUUCAGAACUAUCCAUAAAGCAAAGAUAGCUUUGCCCCAACAUUUAUUCCAAUCAGGUUUGAUAUAAUGAUUAUAUUUGCACUUUGCCAUCUUGACAUAAAUGGGUGCUUUAGAGUUAAAGUGAGAGCAGCAGGCUCUGUGUACAGCUUGCUAUUUGCCUUAGAAUGUAAAACCAUUUCAAAUAUUUAUGUUUUAUAUUUGUGUACAUUUCUUAAGAUUUAAAAGUGAACAGUUGUCAUCCACCAAGCAUCAGAUUUCUCUAAAAACUAUAAUGUCUCUUCUGAUCAGCUCACUUGGUUAGAAAAUGGUGCUAAUGAGGCCAAAGUCAUGGUUUGGAUCCCUCUGUGGGCCACUUAAUUUUGCACAAAAAAAAAAUGUUCCACAGCAACAGACUCUGCCCUUGACCCCAACCAGCUGACUCAUAGCUAUGUGCCAUUAUUCAUAAUAGGAAUUAAGAAUAUGUGAAUGAUUCAAUGUAAACCUAUCACCACUACUGGAAUAACAAAUUCAAAGCAUAUUCUGGUUUAAGGAGCAUUUAUCUCCAUAUUUAGAAGAUAGCAAAAUGUCAAUGAAAAAUUCAACAACUAUGUUCCCUUAUGGGAGAAGCUUAGGUUGGGGAAGCAUGGCAGGGUUCUGUCUGAUGAAAGAGAAUGGUUUUCCUUUCUGCUGUUGUAUUUUAGUGGAUUGUUUGCAUGACUACUUACCCAACUAAAGGGAUGCUGUUUGCUCUGGAAUGUCCCAUCUUUUUUUCAAACAGGUUUUAGCUUCUUUGCAAUCACAGUGCAAUAUCGUGUAUUCAUGUGUUUUCAGUCAACGGUUUAUUUUUGUCAUAAUAAAUAAUUACUUUUUCAAUAUGAA